AUGUACACCGACUCGCAGGCGGCGGUAGCCGAGUCGCUUCGGGCGGACCGAGCGAUACUUGUGUACGUUGAUAACGCGGGCUCUACUCAGUUCUGGGACGAGCGGAUCAGUGCCGAGCUCGCCCCUGACGUGGAGCGGUCGCUUGUGACACUACGAGUCGACGUCGGCACGGAUGACUACCGCAAUUUCCAGAUGGUCAUUCCGAAACUCACAGUGCCCAGUUUUAACAUCUUGAAGAAGAACCAAGUGGUGGAUAUCAUUGGCGACGACGUUUCCCUGGAGGAAGCGCGAUCGCGGGUGUUGAAAUUAGUGAAGCCGGCGCCAGCAUCUGUGGCCCGCGAGACUGCGGCAGCUCCAGCAAUUGCGGAGACUCCAGCAGCGCCUACAACAUCUCUGCUGUCGACAGCGACAACUCCGGUGGCACCUAAGCCGGCUCGGGUGCAAAAGCUCAUCAAUGAGACUAGGCCGGCCAAAGUUCCGAAUAAACAACAGAAGCCAGAGGUCAAAGCUCCCAAGCCUCGACGGCUACUGACACCAACCCUGUGCAUUUUAUCAAUCAAGCUUUUUGAAGGGAACUCUGUUCGUCACGAAUUCAAGCCUUCAAAUACUCUCAAAACUGUGCGCGAGUGGCUUGACAACCACGACGAGUUUGAGGUUAUCCCCAACUCUGACACGGUACCAUCAUUUGCCAGUACCACAAGUCCCAUCGGCUACGUUUUUUGUCGGCCGAUGGCGCUGGAUUUUUCCAGUGAAGAAGAGGAAAAGCUGCUUCUUCUGCUUGAUUUGUGCCCUCGUCUGGCUCUCAUCCUUAAGCCGAUAUACCAAUCGCCGAAUGCGGCUAAUGAAAACCGCCGGAGUCUUUUAGGCUCCAUUGGUGGGUCGGUGAUGGCGUUGGGGCUGGCACUUUUCUCUUUCUUCGAUUAUGGGGUCUCAGAUGCAAUCGAAGAAGAAUCCCGGGCCAACACGCCUCUUCCUGACGAAUCAAUGGAACCAAGCCAUCCCCCGUUGAUGACGAUCAAUACCAACCAAUCUACGGAGGGUAUCCUGCGACAAUCGUCGCGAGCAUCGACUCCUCGGCCCCCAUCUAGAGUCCUGCGCAACCAGUCAUUCCAGCUGUUUGAUCACUCGAAUGAUAACGACAUGGAUUACUUCAAUGGGAAUCUGAUCAACCUUCAUGAUGAUGAUCGUAAAUAG